AUGGGUGAAUCUUCUUCAGGAGGGGGGAAUAAUGGGAUGUGGAAAGAGCUCUGGCAACUAGAAGUCCCGAGCAAGUUCAAAAGUCCAGCUACAAUUACAGCUAUAGCUCAAGCUGAUAUUGCAAUGCUUAAGGAGAUUAAUCAGCAGAGUAGCACCAGACCAGAAGGGAGGUCCAAAGCAGUAGCCUCUAAUCAAUCGUGGCAGCCACCUGAGUGGCCUUUUUUCAAAGUAAAUUUCGAUGCAGCUUAUGACAAGAACUUGAACAAAAUGGGGAUGAGAAUUAUAAUGAGAGACAGUGAAGGGGGCCUACUAGCUUGUUUAACAGCCCCAAAAGAGCAGGUAUUCUCAUCUUUCCAAACAGAAAGAGUAGCUCUUCACAGGGCCAUGGAUAUGUGUAUUGAGAUGGGUAUGAAUCAAGUCAUCUUCGAAGUGGAUGCCAAAGCAGUCAUUGAUAUAGUUAAUUCAAAAAGUGAAGACUACUCAUGGCAUGGUCAAGAGAUAGAUGAUCUACAACAGCUGCUGAGCGUCACCGACAUGGAGGCUAUCUUUUGCAUACAGGUCUGCAAAUCAUGCUGCUCACACAGCAGCUAA